AUGGAUUUCCACGGGGGCGACACACGCACACAUACACUAACCCGUGUUUGAAAUGUAAACCAGUAAACAUGUAGCCGUCUGGACUGAGCUGAAAAACCACACAUGUCGCGGGCGACGCUUCGACGGAAGUAAAAGGUUAUGGAUUCAAGUCUCCCUAGUUUACUCCUGUUCGUCUUGAUCGGCUGUGUGAGCGGCUCCUCGGAUAAUGGCACCCGCCACUUUGACUACUGUGUGCUCGGAGCUGGACCUGCAGGACUGCAGAUGGGACAUUUUCUGUCCAAGGCCAGAAGAGACUACAUCAUCUUGGAGAGGAACUCGGGACCAGGCAGCUUCUUUUACAAGUAUCCCAGACACAGGAAGCUCAUCAGCAUCAACAAGAUCCACACAGGAAGGUCGAACCCAGAGUUUAACCUGCGCCACGAUUGGAACUCACUGCUGAGCGACAGACGCGAGCUCCUGUUGAAGCGAGUGAGCAGUGACUUUUACCCGCCAGCUGAUGCCUUCACGCUCUACCUGUCCAUGUUUGAGAAGGAGCUCGGGCUGAAGGUGCGGUAUGGCGCGGACAUCGGAAGGAUCAGGGCCGUGCAGACGGACGGUGACAGGAGCUACAUCCUGACUGAUCAACAUGCGUCAGACUACAAAUGCAGCGUCCUCCUGGUGGCCACAGGUCUGUGGGUCCCACAGAAGGUGGAGUUUGUUGGUUCUGAACUGGUCGAGGGCUACGAGUCCAUCUCCACUAACCCCGAGGACUACAAGGACCAGGCUGUGCUCAUUCUGGGGAAGGGGAACUCUGCGUUUGAAACAGCCCAGAGCAUCAUGGGAAGGGCAAGCCGUGUGCACAUGCUCAGUUCCAGCACUGUUCGACUGGCUUGGCAAACACAUUACGUUGGAGACCUCAGAGCUGUGAAUAAUGAGCUACUAGACACAUACCAGCUGAAGUCACUCGACGGUGUGCUGGAGGGGCGUCUUGAGCAUUUAGUGAUUGCUCAACAAAAGGAGUCAGGCAGGAGGAGAUCAGGGGGAACAAAGAAGAAGAAGAAGAAGGGAAAGCUUUAUGUUACUCUAAAAAAGUAUGUACAAAACCAGGAGGGGAAGAACAAUUCUGAUGUGUCAGCUGAAGAGCUGGCAGGGUAUCACAUCGACAACUUCCCACUUCGCAACACUUAUGACCGCAUCAUCCGAUGUCUUGGAUUCCGAUUCAACUUCACCAUAUUUGACAGAUCCGCCCGCCCACCAAACAGUGAAAAAGCCAAAGGGAGGUUGCCGGGGGUGACGGCCUGGUAUGAAGGGAAGAACACUCCUGGCUUGUUUGUGCUGGGAACCGCGGCCCACUCCAGAGACUACCGCUCAUCUGCCGGCGGGUUCAUCCAUGGAUUCCGUUACACAGCUCGAGCUGUGCAUCGUGUACUUGAACACCGUUACCAUAGCAACCACUGGCCAUCAACAAAGCUGUUGACAACGCAGCUGCAGUCCUGGAUUCUGAAGCGGGUCAACGAGGCCUCUGGGCCAUACCAAAUGUUUGAGGUGCUCGGGGAUGUUAUUCUUCUCAGAGGCUCUCACUGUGAAUAUGUGGAAGAGUUUCCGGUCCAGGCUUUGCCUCAGUUCUCGUCUCUCUCGGGCCACGAGGUGUCCAACCAUGGACUCAUCGUUGUAGUCAUGCAGUACGGGAAGACGAAGAUUGAUUUUCUGGGACGUACCAGAGCAGAAUCAGACUGGACCAAAGCCUGGAAAUCCAACUUCUUGCACCCUGUUUUAUACUUCUAUGACACUCUCCCUACAGAGGAAGAAAUGAAGCUCCGCCCCAAAGGCUGGCCUUUGCCGAGGUCCAAGGCAAUCCAUCAUAUGGUUGAAGACUUCCUCACAGAAUGGGACAGUCCCAUAUCUCACAUCCAACCACUGCGGCGCUUCCUGGAGCACUGUGUCCAAUCUGACCUCAGGACUUUCUAUGCAGAAUCAUGUUUCCGCUUCUCCCUCACUCACCGCAAGCCUCCCCUCUUCUGUCAGCAAGGAUACUUAAAGCAGCAGGGUGUUGCUCAUGGCAGUCAGCUGAGGCAGAGUGUACAUGACGCCGGGUUGAUGCCCACUGAGCGGGACACAGACACGUCAGGGGCGGAUCCAGCAUUUCCCAACUACUUGGCACAAGCUGGAGCCUCUGUGUCUUCGGGACUGAAACUUGGCAUCUGACUCUUUGAUUUAAGCCUGGUGACGCCAUGCCUCAGACUUGCUACCUCCAGCACAAAACAUCCUUCCCUAACACAUGACCAAAUAUCUUUGACACAUCUGUGGCUCCCAACCAUUAUGGUCGGCUGCAGAUCAGUGGUAGAGCGGGUCAUCUUCCUGCUGUUAGGUCAGGUUUGAUGCCCAGCUCCUCUGGUCUACAUGCCAAUGUAGAAGACACUAAACCCCAAGUUGCUCCUAGUGGCUGUGUUGACAGCUUGUGAAUGAAAGAGCUGUACACAGAUGUGCUGCACAGGCGUGUGUGAAUGGAAAAUCAUACAUCAACACUAUAAAAGCACUAUACUAUAAAAGUACUACUUGUACCCUUUUACCAAUGUCAGAUUUAUACCACUUAACGAAUGCAACCAAAGAUGCUUUGCUUUAUUUUAAUAAGAACAGCGUGAUUUUUCUUUUAUACAUAAUAUUAUGGGACACACGGUGGUGUAGUGGUUAGCACUCUCGCCUUGCAGCGAGAAGAGCCGGGUUCGAGCCCCGAUUGGAACAAGGGCCUUUCUGCAUGGAGUUUGCAUGUUCUCCCCGUGUGUGCGUGGGUUCUCUCCGGGUUCUCCGGCUUCCUCCCACAGUCCAAAAACAUGCAAUGUGGGGAUUAGGUAAAUUGGACACUCUAAAUUGACCGUAGGAGUGAGUGUGAAUGGUUGUUUGUCUCUAGUUGUGUGUGGCCCUGCGAUGGACUGGCGAACUGUCCAGGGUGUACCCUGCCUAUUGCCCGAUGUAGCUGAGAUUGGCACAGCACCCCCCGCGACCCUCUGGUGGAGGAUAAAGCGGUAGAUGAUGACUGACAUAAUAGUCCCAUUAUUGCAGAGAUCCUUAUGGUAUUGUGGGAAUAAAACAAUCGGUUUGUUUUUGAUUAACGCUUUUUGAGAAAUUGCCACUGUUAAAGGAGAGGAAAGGAUCUUUAUUAUCAUUAUACCACUGAAAUUGGUUGUAUAAUGGUCAGGUGGGGGUUGAUCAGCGUGCCACCACAAGGGACCAACCUGACAUUCUAACAUUCAUACUGUUAAAAAGACUGGAUCACACUACCUGAGUCAAAAAGUGGAAUUUUAAAUAUCACCUACUAAUUCAAAUUAUCAUCAUUGUCAUUCACACUCUAGGAACUAAAACAUCUUUGCUUGUUUCUCCUCAGCGUAAUAAUGUCACGGUUUAGUUCCUCUUUAAACAUAUCGUGUGUCCGCUUGAGGUCCAAAUCCCACAGCUUUGAAACCACUGCUUCUCCUAAGGGGACCCUUAUCCUUUUGACUGCUUAUGCAUUAGCAUUAUUUUAAGUAUUCAUUUAAGUGAUGAUGAAGAUAUUAAUCUGUAAGUGUUAUACAUUUUACAUGCUGUUGCCAGAUUAAACAUUUCAGAAAACAA